CGAGUGCCACCGACGCACCGCCGACGCGCUCCCGUCCCACCCCGUACCUCCACCACCGUUAACCAUUGCCUAAACUAACACCGUCAAAUUAAUUCCUGUAAAAUGUGCACCGAACGCAGCGUGCUCGAGUCGCCGCGAUUUUAUUCAUUACCGCGCGUACACGACUGUUUUCAGUGAUUUGACAAUGCCUGUUUGAAAUUUAAGUUAUUCGUGUAAGUUAGAUCAGCGAAUAUGCAUCUUCACUUCGAGAGAAACGUGAAUGCCAAGUGUGACUGCACCAUCCUGUCGCUGUCAUGGAUGGGCAAGGUGCCCGACGAGCUGCCCGAGGAAGAGGGUUGGAAGCUCAACCGCAACAAUUACUACCAGGAGGGAUGGCUGGCGACGGGCAACGUGCGCGGCGUGGUGGGCGUCACGUUCACGUCGUCGCACGCGCGCCGCCCGCACGAGCUGCCGCUGCGCACCAACUACAACCUGCGCGGACACAGAUCUGAU